AUGAAAUUCUCUAAGGCUACUGUCCUUCUUUUUGCUUCUUACGCCCUUUCAGCUCCCAUUGCUAGUCCUGAGGCUAAGCCUUGUUCCACCUGCUCUUCAGGUUCUUCAGGCUCUUCCGGUUCUACAGUCUACCCCGUCGUUAUUGGCACUAUUGGCACCACUAGUGGAACAAGCGGUGGCACCACCUCCAACUGCGGCUCCAGUGGAACUGGUAGCUGCGGUACUGCAGUUGUUUCGGGUACUGGCUCCUCUGGCUCUGGUUCCGGGUCUGGCACCUCAGGAACUGGAUCCACUGGCGGUACUACUACUAUAGUCACCAGCGGUGGUUCUGGCGGCUCUGGCGGCUCUGGCGGCUCUGGUGGUUCCAGCGGUUCCAGCGGUUCCAGCGGUUCCAGCGGUUCCAGCGGUUCCAGUGGCACCUCAGGUACUUCUGGGUCUGGCACUUCGGGUACUUCUGGAUCUUCUGGAUCUGGCACUUCUGGAUCUGGCACUUCUGGUUCUGGUACUUCCACAACCAACAAUGGCUCUACUGAAUCCUCCGGUACCUCUGGUUCAUCUGGCACUGGUUCAUCUGGCACUGGUUCAACUGGUAGCGCCGGUACAACUGGUACUGGAACUACUGGCUCCACUGGUGGAACCGGCACCACCGGUAACGAGGCUACCACCACAACCUCUGGCGGUACUACCACUACUACCACUACCACUGGAAAUGGCGGCACUACCGUGACUACCAGCGGUGGCAACGGUACUGGUGGCACCACCACUACCACGACCAACGGCGGGACUACCUCCAACAACACGGUCAACAACUCCAAUACCUCCAAUAACACUUCCAACAAUACUAACACCAACAACAACACCAACAACAAUACCAAUAACAAUACCAACGACAAUACCAACAACAACACCAACCAAAACACUAACCAAAACACCAACGACAAUACCAACUCCAACUACGCUGAAAACUUCAACACAAACUUCAAUACAGCCCAGUUCUAUGUUCUUUCCAGCGGCCUCAUUUCUUCUGAAUAUGUGUCCGGGUGCAUCCCAUUCACUUACACCCUUAGCGGCAACAACCUUGUUGCUUCAAGCCCCAGUAUUUCAAACGGUUACGUCACCGUUAACAACAAUGGUGCUCUUGAAGUUGUUUCUGGUUCUGGUUCUGGCUCCUCUGGUUCUUCAGGAACCACAAACUGGUACGGCGUUGACACCGGAUACUACCUCCCAUCUACAAGCAGCAGUGCUACCCUUAUUUCUUGCCCUAGUGGCAGUUCUGGUAGCGGUGGUGUUAUUUACUACAACGCUUCUUGCUCCAACGGUCAAGUGGCCGCCAUUGGCAGCAGCGGUAGCUGCGGUCUUGCCAAGUAA